UUUCUCACGUCCUGACCGGAUUCAUUCCCCCAAUCGUUAUACAGCAAAAUACGGGAGAAAUGGCAGCUCCCAUGGAUUCUGUGAGGGAAAAAGCCCUUCAAGAUUACAGAAAAAAGCUCUUGGAGCACAAGGAGGUGGAGGCUCGGUUGAAGGAGAUGCGGGAGCAUCUGAAAGACCUCACGAAACAGUACGAUAAAUCUGAGAAUGAUCUGAAGGCUUUGCAGAGUGUGGGACAGAUUGUGGGAGAGGUUUUGAAGCAACUCACUGAAGAAAAAUUUAUUGUAAAGGCAACGAAUGGUCCUCGUUACGUAGUGGGCUGCAGACGACAGCUGGACAAGAAUAAACUGAAAUCUGGGACCAGAGUAGCUCUCGACAUGACGACAUUAACAAUCAUGCGUUAUUUACCUCGUGAGGUCGACCCUCUAGUCUACAAUAUGUCCCAUGAAGACCCAGGGGAUGUGACGUACUCAGCGAUUGGAGGUCUCAGUGAGCAAAUUCGUGAGCUUCGAGAAGUCAUAGAGCUUCCUCUAUUGAAUCCCGAGCUGUUCCAACGAGUUGGCAUCACUCCUCCCAAAGGAUGUUUGCUUUAUGGUCCCCCUGGUACUGGAAAAACCCUCCUGGCACGUGCCGUUGCCAGCCAGCUCGACGCAAACUUCCUCAAAGUCGUUUCCAGUGCUAUUGUUGAUAAAUAUAUUGGAGAGUCUGCGCGCCUGAUUCGUGAGAUGUUCAAUUAUGCUCGUGACCAUCAACCCUGCAUCAUCUUCAUGGAUGAAAUCGAUGCUAUUGGUGGCAGAAGAUUUUCGGAAGGCACGAGUGCAGAUCGUGAGAUCCAGCGGACUCUCAUGGAGUUGUUGAAUCAGAUGGAUGGAUUUGACUCCCUCGGUCAAGUUAAAAUGAUUAUGGCAACGAACAGGCCCGACACACUGGAUCCAGCCCUUCUUCGUCCAGGGAGACUGGACAGAAAAAUUGAAAUUCCAUUGCCCAACGAACAGGCGAGGCUCGAGAUAUUGAAGAUUCAUGCUGCACCCAUCGCCAAGCAUGGGGAAAUUGAUUACGAAGCAGUCGUUAAACUGUCUGACGGUUUUAACGGGGCAGAUCUACGAAAUGUCUGCACCGAGGCAGGCCUUUUUGCAAUUCGUCUGGAACGCGAAUAUGUUAUUCAGGAGGACUUUAUGAAAGCUGUGAGAAAAGUCUCAGACAACAAAAAACUCGAGUCCAAACUUGACUACAAGCCUGUUUAAUAAUAUCGUUUCUCGGUUACUACAUUUUUUUUUUCGCUCAUGGUUAUUCGUAACUAAUUCAGAUUAUUCGUGAUGAAACAAUUAUCAGAAUGAGCCUUUUGCUAUUUGUAUUUAAUUGGAGAAUUUCGUAUUAAAAUAUACAAAUAAAUAAAUAGAUGAAUAUUUCA